UCUCCUCCCUCUGUCACUUACGUCACUUCCCCCUUGCUGACAACAUGGCGGCCGUCAGUCCGUCAGACUCGGGGACGUCGCUUCCCAGAGACGUGGUGAUCAAGACGGAGCCGGAGGUGGAGGCGGAGACGGAGAGCGGGCUGGCGUCCGGCUCGGAGGGGCCGCCGGUGAAGCGGGACCCCGUGGUGCCGCUCCUGUCCCCGGUCAGCGGGCUGCAGCCGCUCGCCUGGUCGCAGGACCACCGCCUGGCCGUGUGCACCACCAGCUCCCUGGCGCUGAUGGAGCUGGUGUGCGACGUCCACAGCGGGAAACAGGAGCUGAUGCUGCACCGGACCUCCAUCCCCGUCCCCGGCGAGGCCACCAGACUGCGGGUGGGAACAGCGGAAGAGCAUUCAAAAAUGGUGGAGAAGUUCAGCACGCAUCCGGUCCCCACCGUGAGGCAAGUUUUUCUGGCCGACAGAGUGAUGAACCCGUCAGUGGUUGCGCACAAGGGAAUAAAGUAUGCCAGUUGGUCUCCGUUAGGUUGUGACUCUAAUGGACGGUGUUUGCUCGCGUGCCUAACGCUGGACCACAGACUUACCAUUCAUAACAGCUACAAGCGCCUCGAGUGGAGCAUGCUCGUCAAUCUCACCAAAAGGUACAGUGAGAGGUUAAAGGAGCGAGGCUACGCCAGGAAAGACAACGAGCCGCCGCAGGAAAACCUGCAGGACUUUGAGGAGCUGCAGCGGCGCUUCCGUAUGCAGACGCCCCUGAGGAUGGAGUGGUCAAGCAUUUACACGAUCAAACAGGUUCAGCCGGACAACACGGGCAUGGACUUGGAGAUGGUCCUCCUGGCUGUCUUGAUGGAAAACGGCGACCUUGUUUUGUGGAAGUUUGAUUUGCCGUUUGUAAACGGGGAUGAUGUCAUGUUUUAUGACAUCAUCGAAUCCGGUGUGAUUCGACCCAGUAACUUGGCGUGGUGGGAGUAUGAAAACUCAGAUCGCCGGAUGAGCGGCCUGAUCAUCGGCAGUGAGGUGGGACCAGUUAAGAUCAUGCCGGUCAGCCUGACGGGAGUGAAGGGCUACUUCACCCUGCGACACCCUGUCAUCCUCUGGAAGGACUGCGAUGAGAUAGCUGUGGAAAACAUCAAAUGCGUCCAGAUGAUCCACCCGAUCCAUAAAUGCAGCUGCAGCCUCAUCGUCGCCUCACGGGGAUGUUACGUCUUUUGGUGUCUGCUCAUGAUUUCACCGGCCGGACUUAAUGUGCACAACUCUCACGUGGUGGGGCUUCACUCGCUCCCCGUGGUCUCGCUAGCGGUCAGUCAACAUGGCGUUGCAGUGUAUUCAUGCUCCAUAGACGGGUGUAUAAAAAAGCUGACACCUACAUUUACUGAGAAUACUUUGAUUUUCAAACAAGACGACAUGAUGCGACUCGAAAACCUGACAGGGCGGCGGAUACAUGGGAUUGCGGUAAGCCACAAUGGAGCGUAUAUUGCAAUGGUCAGCACACAAGGUAUGGUGGACAGCCACCAUCCAAUCACCAGGACCUACCAGGUUCACUUUUUGACCCUGAAAACGCCAGAAAGUGCAGCAGCACUGCUGCUAAAGUCUCCCGUACAGAACUUGUACAAACUGGCUGACCUGCUUGACAUCGUGAGGUGGCAAAUUCUGAAAAACAAGUGCAUCCCUUCAGCACUGCAGGAAGAGCUUGACCAAAGGAUCCAGGAAGUAGACUCGCCCUACUUGUGGCGUUUCAAGCUCUUUUUGGUUCGUAUACUUUACCAGUCUCUGCAGUCACCUCCGACAGAUCAUCGCUGGAAACCCAGCCAAGUGGGAAGCAAAGUGUUUAUAAGGGACGCAGACGAGGAGGAUGGAGAGGACGAAGAAGAUUGUGUGCUAGAGGAAGGCGAUUCUGUCGGAGGGAAGCCGGAGAAGGAGGAGAAUCGCGAGGAGCAGAUGGCGGAGGUGCAGGCUUGGGUUAACUCUGUAGAGAGUCACCUGAUGAGAGAGAACAUGAAGAAGGUGCUGGGGGUGGUGUACCUCAACACCUGGAUCGCUCAGAACACCAGUAUACCCACCUGUGGCCUGGUGGAGUACCUCGCCAAAGACACUAACGACAGAAAUUCAGAGAUCCUGAUUGGCCACAUGAAGAAAAAGAUUAACAAGCAGACGUUCCCGGAGCACUGCAGCCUGUGUCAGGCCGUACUUCCCUUCACCGACCACAAACAAGCGAUCUGUGAAAAUGGUCACAUGUGGCUCAGGUGUGUGUUGUCAUACCAGGCCUGCCAGACGCUGACGUUCAGACGUUGCCUCCUGCUGGAUAGCAUCGCCAGACUGCCAAAGCCUGAGGAUCCGGAGUGGAUCAAGAAGAUCCUGCAGGCGCCCUGCACUCUCUGCGACUCGCCGAUGAUCUAGAGCCAAAACCACCACAAGAACCUCAGGGCUUCCCCGUGACCUUCACAGCUCCCCGCUCUCACGCGGGGUCCAAUUUUGUCACACAUCACUGCAACAGUUUUUUAUUUCAUGUGUUUUGUUCACCUUUUUAUUACUUUAUUUUUGGUAUCUUAAAAGUGCAAAUAAAAGGCUUUGAUUACA